AUGCGGGGAGGUAGAUGCGUGAUUGGAUGCCAGGUUUUCGGCUGGAAACAUGCCGGCUUCGCGAGGCAGGAGCUGCAUAGAUCGGCGGUACGCUGCGCGGUCCUCAGGUCGCGGUCCGCUGCUGGUCAACAUACCACAACAGUCCCUACCACGCAGAAAGAGACACGUUGGCACAAGUACCUCCGAACCGCCGGGUGUGACCAACACCAAUGCAGGAUACGAAUCGCUUCCGUGCAAGUAGUAAGCAAGGAGGGUCACAGUUUGAAAUGGUUGCCUGCCGGGCACGCGGAGCGGUACGCUGGCAGCGUCCCAUUAUCGUCUUGUCAUCGCUCAAAGUGCUGUUGCAGGUACACCGGCCAAAGUUCCUCCGUCUCGUCAUCGGUAGCGAACGCCCGAUUUGUUACGUCACAAUGGUUUUCGAUGAACCCGGGCAAUUUACACCAUGGAGUGAGCUCGCUGCCGUCGGGCGUUCCAUACUCGGGCAACAGCACCGGGGAUGUCAUCUUUGCCUGA